UUGGGAAGGGAGCAGGGCUGGAGCUGCCUGAGGGAAAGUUGGGAAUGGGAGAGGGCCAGGGGCUGCUGCUCCCUAGGAUGGGCCCUGCCCGGAGGUGGGGUAGAUAGGAGGUUUUCACGUGCCCACUUCUUAAUUUAUUCUUAUUCUUAUUCUUUAUUAUCAAUUAAAUGUGUAUACCGCCCUUCGCCCGCAGACCUCAGGGCGGUUCACGGCAUAAAAAAAAAAUUAACCCCACUUGGUCGCCUCGGCCUUUCGGUGUUGAAAUUCCUGAGGGGAGUGCCAGCCCUGCGCCGACAGCGAGCAUGAGCUGCAGCGGCGGCCCUCCGCACCUCGCCAGGUGGGCGAGCUACUGCCUGCCCCGUGUGCAUCGCCGGGGUCGCGCUUCUAGUUUCUCCUUCCGUCCUCUCAUGCGCGCGCUCUCUUCACCCACCUACCCACUUUUCCUCCCCCCCUAAAGACAGCGCCAAAAGGAGUAUUUACAAAAAGGAAUAUAUAACCAAAACCUGUUUUAUGAAACGGACUCUUUGUCAAAUAUACCUUUUUGAUGUCUGGUAUCUGAAACCUCCCAACUAUGCCAGCAGCUACAGUAGAUCACAGCCAAAGAAUUUGUGAAGUUUGGGCUUGCAACCUGGAUGAAGAGAUGAAGAAAAUUCGUCAAGUUAUACGGAAGUUUAACUAUGUUGCCAUGGACACAGAGUUUCCAGGUGUAGUUGCACGGCCUAUUGGAGAAUUCAGAAGUAAUGCAGACUAUCAGUAUCAACUGCUCCGCUGUAACGUGGACUUACUAAAGAUAAUUCAAUUAGGGUUGACGUUCAUGAAUGAACAAGGCGAAUACCCUCCAGGAACUUCAACAUGGCAAUUUAAUUUUAAAUUUAAUUUAACAGAAGACAUGUAUGCCCAGGAUUCAAUAGAGCUAUUAACAACAUCUGGAAUCCAGUUCAAAAAACAUGAAGAUGAAGGAAUUGAGACUCAGUACUUUGCUGAACUUCUUAUGACAUCGGGUGUCGUGCUAUGCGAAGGAGUCAAGUGGCUUUCAUUUCAUAGUGGCUAUGACUUUGGUUAUUUGAUCAAGAUCUUGACGAAUUCCAAUUUACCUGAGGAAGAGCUGGACUUCUUUGAGAUUCUGAGAUUAUUUUUCCCUGUCAUUUAUGAUGUGAAGUACCUUAUGAAGAGCUGCAAAAAUCUCAAGGGUGGAUUGCAAGAAGUUGCUGAGCAGUUGGAGCUGGAAAGGAUAGGACCGCAGCAUCAAGCAGGAUCCGAUUCUCUACUAACUGGCAUGGCCUUCUUCAAAAUGAGAGAGAUGUUCUUCGAAGAUCACAUUGAUGAUGCAAAGUACUGUGGUCACUUGUACGGUCUCGGUUCUGGUUCCUCAUAUGUACAGAAUGGGACAGGAAAUGCAUAUGAAGAAGAAGCCAACAAGCAAUCAUGACAUGAAAUGGGAAUCUGCUUUUUCAGAGCUCCACGUGCUUGUACAUAGGUUUUAUCUCUGGUUGAAUCCCUUGGGACAAUAAGGCCUUCUCUUCCCCUUGGCACACUUCCUUUUAUGCCUUUGUAUGUACUAAACCUGACUGUUCCUAUCCCAGUUUUUUGACCUUAAGGUGUAGGCAUUUCUGGGUUAAAUGUGGCCUUGUACUUUGCCCAUCUGUACAUAAGCACAUGUAGGAGCAGCAUGGCGGGUAGAAGAAGAAAGCUGAAAUGAUAAUGAAAUUUCUGGUAAACUUUAAUUGGUCUUAGUAUUGGUUUAUUAUCUCCCUCACCCCUUUCCCCAAACUGAGCUAGCACUGAUUGUAACCAAUUUCCACAUUUCUUUAUCCCUUCCGGUGUACAGGAGUUUUAGCUAUUCAAGGUUGUGGACCAUCACAUUUGCACUUUAGAAGACUGACACUCUCAGUCAGAUCCUCUGUUUUAUCUGAAGUUCUGGAUCUGCUCUCUCCCCUGGCCCAGACAAAAUGUUGAUCCUCCUGGUUGAACACACAAAGUUGCAAAUUAAUUAGAAAAGCUCAUAUUCGCUGCAUAAUAUGUGUUCAGAACUACUGAAAUCCUAGCAGUUGCUCAUAUCUAAACUGGUGUCCAGUAUUCCAGGUGUGUCCUGCACACACCGGCUUACGAUCAGCUUGCCAGUUUCGCACUGCUGUGUGAUGAAAAUAACUAGGUGGUGCCAUCAGAAUCUCUCCACAGAAUUAAGAAGCUCUUGCCUGGUGUCUAAUUUGUGCUCUGUUCAAUUCAAUAGGGUGUGUUUUGGAGAGGUUCCUUGUCAAAUUUGCCUCCUGUAUCUGGAAACAAGCUUUACAACCUUCGGGGACGACUGUGUCUUGUUUUGCUUUUGAGCAGAAUAAUUGAAAGGAUGGAGACUGCAGUAAGAUUUAACAGUUCACAUUGUGGAUCCAGUUCCUUACUCCUGUUACAGGAAGCUGUUUCCUACAAAUACUUUCUAUUUUAAAACCGUAUUUAUUUUCUACUUGAAUAGAUGAACACAAGUCCGUAUGAGGAUGAGAUCCAAAGAUUUGAAGCCACCUCGAUAAUGAGCUAAAUAAAAGGAAGAUAGGUGUGUCCUUUUGGUAGCUGAUACAAAAGGUAUUUGUUGUAAAACAACAAAAUCUAUUUGUACCUAAUAAAGCUACUGGAGGCUUGUAAGGCUAGUUUAUUUUUUUGAGUCUAAGCAAUAUAUUUUAUAAAUACAUUGUUUUAUUAAAGGACCACAAAGUACUUUCUUAACCAUGCAGAGCAUGCUCAUUCGAAGCAGUUGUGCAGGACUUCAAUUGGUAUCGAAUAGCUAAACCCUAACCUGAAACAAUGGAGUGCCUGUGGCAGCAUUUUGUGUGUAUUGUCCACACUGAAAAUCAGCAAGAGUAAAUCCUAAUGUUCAGCAAGUUGAUUUGUAUACCAUGUACUUUAACCUGUUUUCCUCUCUCCUCAAGAAGUUACAGUGAUGUAACUGUGGGUGGUCCUUUUUAAAGAACAAUAACAUACAUUUGCAUAAGAGGGUAUUUGUUUUUAAAAGCUUUUGUAAAUAAAGGCUUCAAAACUGUUUUCUUACAGAUCUGCAGACUUGUAGUUUUGUUUUGAAAGCUUUUAAUGGUAUAUCAUUGUGCCCAAUUAAUCCCUUUGAAUUUAUUAUCUGCGGCAAUACUUUAAUUCCACUGUUUUGUUGUCUCCAGUCCAGUCUGCUAUUCAAAACAUAUAAUCUGAUAUUUGGUGUAGGAGAUAGUAUGUUCUAGAUGCCCCUCCACCAGAUACACUAAUCUUACUUACUUUAGGAACGGGGAACCUGUGAUCCCCAGCCAGGAUGGCUGAGUAGGUGGGCCAAAUCCUGAUCCCCACCAUGAACUACAGGCAAGUCUUGGUGCCACAACCACUAUUCCACGUCUUGCUCAGGGUGUGGAGGGACCACUUGAUAGAUUUGGUUCUAGAGGCUUCAGUUGCUGAUAUGCUUACUUAGUUUUGUUGUAGGAGUGGGCAACCUGCUUGAGGUCAAGGCCUGCAUUCCCUUGUGGGAAACCCAUUUGGUGACCAAAUGCCAGCAAUAGGCUGACCAAAGUCUCUGCUGGGCAGUGGGGAAAAUUGUGUCUGGUAACAGUUGAUAAAACUUGCACCAGAUGUGAAUGGUGCCUGUUUUGCAUGCUAGCCAUAUUAGUAAAACAUUUUCAGUGCCACUGCUUGUGUUGUUGCACAUGGCUCUUUCCAGUUCGCAAAUUCAAAGGCAGAAUUCUUGUCAUUUGUUUCUUUUAUUAUUUUUCCCCCAGCAGCAAGAUAUGAUACAAAAAUACAUAAUACUGCUUUACAGAGUACAAACAAAAGCAAUGCAAGAAGCUCUUCUUUGCAAGACCGGUAGUUAUAUGUACACUGUUGCUUCGUAGCAAACACGUACUCAGGCAAGCAUUGGGAAUGUGUUUUCAUUACAGGGAUGACCCAGUUAAAAGCAGUUCUGGAGCAGAGCAUUUUGGAAGCUAGGACUCCUCAUUCUGCUUCAAAAGUCUUGACAGUAUAACUGAAGAAGUAAAGCAGGAAGAGGAGCAAACAAAUCACCAGCAGAGCAUACCUACAGAGUAAUGUCAUCCGUGUCCUCAAAAAAUGAUUCUUUUCAGAGGUGAAGCAAAGUUUGUCCAAUCGCAGUACCCUGAGUAGUCCAAAAGGCUAAUUUGUAACAGUCACACUGUACAAUGGUUUUCUUCACCUGGUGAUUUUAUAAACAAACAUUCAGCUGAUAGUCAUAUAAAGUAAUUUAACUAUAGAGUAUCCAGUGAAUCACUGGAGAUAACUUCUGUGGGGCAAUAUACUGUACAGAUAUUUUCUGGGUUCCAUCAUUGCCCACUUUCAUUCAACUGGGUAACAGUUAUACAAGUGCUGUUUUUUGAAUGUUGAGAUGUACAGUAUACCUGAAGGAGCGUCUCCACCCCCAUCAUUCUGCCUGGACACUGAGGUCCAGCUUUGAAGGUCUUCUGGUGGUUCCCUCACUGCGAGAAGCAAAGCUACAGGGAACCAGGCAGAGGAACUUCUCGGUAGUGGCGCCCGCCCUGUGGAACGCCCUCCCAUCAGAUGUCAAGGAGAUAAACAACUACCUGACAUUUAGAAGACAUCUGAAGGCAGCCCUGUUCAGAGAAGUUUUUAAUGUGUGACAUUUUAAUGUAUUUUUAAUCUUUGUUGGAAGCCGCCCAGAGUGGUUGGGGUACAAACACUAAAUUAUUAUUAUUACAGUACUAGCAAGGAGUUUUCACACUCAAAUGUUUCCCUCCUUUCAUAGAGAAUAGGUUGUAAGCCGUGUAUAUAGUCUUCAGUGACAGGUCUCAUUCUUUAAUUGCAUCUGGCUUGUAGAUUUGGGGAAGAAAAGGGUGUUUUUGUUUUUUGCAAUGUUACAGUUCUUUCUUUAGUUUAACACCAGAACAAAAUCCUUCUCUCAAGUUUUUAAAUAGUUUUCCUAUGUUGCGAAUUGAAGGAGUCCCAAUCAUUACAAUGUCUGGUGCAUUAAAUAACAGUAAGUUUUUGAAGCAGUGGUCUUGGCACUGGUGAAAACACUGAGAAGGAGUAGGAACAUAUUCUACCCACAAAUUGUUUCCUAACUAGCUCAACAUAUCUGCAAUUCACAUGGAGUUUCUUCUUUGGCAGGUAUGGGGGAGCUGUGCCCCUUCAGAUAUUCAUUGGACCACACCUCCAUCAACCCUAACCAUUGGCAAUGCUGGCUGGGGAUAAUGCAGGUUGUAGUCUGUGAAAACAAGUACCGGUAACUGAACCCAGAACUCUCCAUCUUAAAAGCCAUUGUAACAGUGCAUCCUCUAUUAAAGCAGUAAAAAACAUUUCUGGCCUUAGGUCAGAAUUUCAGCUUUAAUUGUAUAGGACUUUUAAAAAGCCGUAUUUUCAAAAUUAGUACCUUGUCACCAAUUUGAAAAAAACAAAACACAGUAAUCUAUAGUAUUAUUUAGCUUUACUCUCAACUUGUACAUUUUGUAUUGUCUGUUGUCUUGGAUGACCUGUGCAAGUUUUGCAGUUCUGUCAAACGUUUUAGUCCAUAAAGGAUUACGUUAGAUGAGGUUUGAGGUGGGGAGAAGAUUAAAAAAUUAUCUUGACAGGCUAGCUUGAAUUUGUUUGGUGCUAGCAAAGGAUCAGGCAGUGCAAACUCUUAAUUAGUCCCAUUUACCUUUACCUUUGUACCUGAAGGUUACAAGCCUGCAAAAAUAAAUAAUUUUUGCUAACUGAACAUGGAUGGGUCACACUGUCCCUCCUUUGCCAGCUUCAUAAAGGUGAAAAAGCACACUCAUAAAAUUUAUUGUAAGCUAGAGUCAAGUACACCCUGUGUCAUCUCUCAACUCACUUUCCUUUGUGCCCUGGAUGCACAGAACAUGGCUUUACUUUACAGGUCAGACUGAUUUUUAAAAAUAGUUUGUACAAGUACUCCCUGUGCUCCUAGAGGUGACAGAUCACCUGCCUAAACAGCAAUCGCCCAUGCUUUGGGAAGAUUAGAAGUUUUUGUGUCCAGCACAUACAGGGAGGUUAUUAAAAUGUACCAGUAAAU